AUGGAAGCUUCAGCAGGAGCGGGCGGCAAUGCCGGUCGGGGGCGAUAUAGGAGAAAACGAUAUGGACAUGAUGCCAAGGGCUCUGAUAGGGAAAACGAAAAGCAUUUGAAGACAAGUAUGGUAAAUGUGGAUGUCAACUCUGCGGUGAUCGAGGCAUUCCAGGGCUUCCAAGUGGAGCUGGACACCAGAAAUGAUACCUACGAGAGGAUAGUCAAGUUGAGCAGAGACAUCACCAUUGAGAGCAAGAGACUUAUAUUUCUCUUACACAGAGUCACAGGGUCAGAUGACAGGGACUCCAUUCUCACAGAUGCAGCUGCUAGAAUGCUAGAACUCCGCACUUCCAAGUUCCUUCCCCUUGCCAAGGAGUUGAAAGGACAAGAUCCAUAUCAGUUCUUGCGGGCUUUUUCUCCAGGUCUACAAGAAUACAUUGAAUCGGUCACAUUCUACCAUUACCUGGCUGACAAUCAGCUUGCCAGUUUGGAUAGUAUUCAGACAGGCUUAACUUUCACUCUACAAGAUAGUAAUGGUAAUCAGAAUGACCUGCCAAAAAACUUGCAGGUAAAGAAUUCAGCACCAAGAAAACUGCCAGAUGAAUGUAUAGGAAACAGUGAUGUACCUCCUUCACUGAAAACUCUCAGUGAUGAAAAUAAACAAGACAUCCAGAAUAGAGAUGUAGCUUCUGAGGAGUGUUUGCAAGGACAAAACUGCACAACAGACAAAGCAGUUGCUGCUGAAACUUUCGACUGUGAGAGCCUGCAGACGGUCUCAGUGCCGGUCCCUCCAACAGAGUACAUGCUGGGUGUGGCUGAUUUCACUGGAGAGCUGAUGAAAAUGGCCAUCAAUAGUGUGGGAUCAGGCGACCUCAGAACACCAAGAAUUGUUGCAGAGAUGAUGCGUACAAUUCAUGAUGCCUUUGCAUCGAUUGGAAACAUUCCUAGAGAGCUGCGUCACAAGCUCAGAGUGCUGCGUCAGAGUUUGCAGAAGGUGGAGACGGCUUGUUAUACAAUGAAAGUCAGAGGAUCUGAAAUACCUUCCCACAUGCUAGCUGAUGUCUUUAGCACCGCAGGCACUGGCGACAUGUUCUGUAUGGAUGACAAUGAAGAAUUUUAUGACUGA